AUGAGACGCGUGGCAGAGAGUCAUUCGGCUGCUGGAUUUCGUGAACAACUUAGAGUCAGUGAGUCCACCGAGUAUUGCUUAAACGCGCGCGUUGAUAGUCGUUUUUUCUUUUUUUAUAUUUUUUUUUAUUCAACAUUCGUUUUUGGUAUAUUAGAGUCAGUGCUCAAGAGGAUAAGAUCUCUCCAGGAGAUAAAGACCACUCUUCACAGCGUGAAUUUUGUUGUAUUUUUGGGGGAAUAUUCAACAGUGACAAGCCAAGAAUAUCCUCAGAUGCCUUCUCAGUUCCCCUUAUCCUCUAACAAUCUCACGAUGCUUCAAAAACUAAGAAUAAAUUUUUCACGGCGUUUACUUUCACCAUUGAAUUCUCAGUGAUAUCUGCUUGAGGACGAUCUUCACGACGGCUUUCCUUGGUUCAGUGCAGCAUCUUCGCAUCU